GGUGGGCUGGCGGCCGCGAGGAUGCCGAGGGGCGGCAACGCGGGCUGGACCCAGCCGGGGCGGCGGGGCGGGCGCCGCCCGAGGGGGUAGGGCGCGCGCGGGGGCGCGCCGGGCCGGGGAGGCGCGCUCGGGCCGCGCUCGCUGCUCCGCUCCCUCGGCUGGCUCGCUCCCUCCUCCCUCGGCCCCGCGGCGGCAGCAGGAGCGGGCGGCGGCGGCGGCGGGGGAAUCAGACAUGGCGGCCGAUCUCAACCUGGAGUGGAUCUGCUCCCUGCCCCGCUCCUGGACUUACGGGAUCACCAGGGGCGGCCGAGUCUUCUUCAUCAACGAGGAGGCGAAGAGCACCACCUGGCUGCACCCCGUCACCGGCGAGGCCGUGGUCACCGGACACCGGCGGCAGAGCACAGAUUUGCCUACUGGCUGGGAAGAAGCAUAUACUUUUGAAGGUGCAAGAUACUACAUAAAAUCCUGCACAUGGAGGAGAGGAAGACUUUGGAGCGUCUUAGACACUGAGCGUGAUAACAGCUUGCAGAUGCAAGUGUACAAGCACCCUAGAAACAACUCACUUGACCACCUUGCUGAAAAUAACUGACCUGUGAUUGAAUAUCUUUAUUUUUAGAAAUAUUUCUAAAGAGCUUACUUUGAAUUAAAGGGUCUCUUUCAUUGUUACAAAGGCAGAUGCAGGUGUACAGAGAAGAUCAUCUUUAUAAAUGCUACAUAUUACUUUGUUUUCUUUUUGGGAGAAUUAUUUGUAUUAUGGAGUAGAUUACAUUUUAUAGUCUUUUUUUUUUUUUUUUUUUAACAUUUCCUAUGUGCAUUAUCCCUCAGAGUUAGUACUGUGGGAAUCUUCUAGUUCUUUCAUUGUUGAGGGGCUAAGGGUUGUAUAUGGACACUUCCUUGCUUUAUCCUCUUCUCUUGGGAUUAGAAUCAGCUCUUGUGAAAAAAAAAAAAAAGAAAUAUUUCAGAAGUUUUUUUAAAAGCACCGUGAAAAGUUGGCUUUUUACAUUAGAAAGUCGUUUGUAAGGAAUUGCAGAUAAAAACCUUGUGUUAUUGGUAAAAUGAUUUUUAUGUCACUGGAAUUUUUAAUGUUUUCCUUUUGGUAAGAAAGCACACAGAAGUUCAGUAUGCUAUUUAUACCAAGUAUUUCGGGGAUCCAAAACAAUAACACUGAUUUUAGUUGCUUGUUGUGAUCAGCUCAUUCCGCAACUGCUUUUAAUUGUCACUUUUUCCUAAAAACAGGACCUUCCCAGCAGUAAUGUUUUCAUACAUUUAUUUGAUAUGAACUGAUAGAAAAUUACAGUGUUGAUAGGUUUAUGGUUUCUUUUUCUAUAGAACAUGAAGAAUACGCAUUUAUUUAUUCAAACAUUUGAACCCCUAAUAUGGAAAUAUAGUAAAGAAUUAAACCUGAGCCUCACCCUACACUGAGCCUAAAAUUAUAAAGAAAAAGUUUUUAAAAUUCAGAUAAACUUAAGUGAAUAGGAAAAAAAUGUUAUUUUGUGAUAAUGAUACUCUCUCAGGCACUGAGGAAACAAAAAUGAAAUCUGCGUGGUUUACAAAUUCUUAGAACUUCAUAAUUGACUUUUGGGAAAAUAUACUGUUCACAAGGUGUGAUGCUGGGUGUUAGGAAUAAUAUUUUACAUCCUAAUUGAUGAGUGUUUUUGUUUUCUAGACUUUGAGAAAAGUUAUUUAAAUCAUAAACUACUUUCAUUUUUUUUCAUUUGAUCUGUGUAACAGCUUCUGUGUAUUGGAUACUUGACACAACUGCUAGAUGUUUUAUAUGCAUGAUGUCAUUUAUUUUAUACAUCAAACUGACCUCAUCAAUUAUUGAACAUUUACUUAGCUAUCACUAUGUAAACAUUUCAUCUUACAAAUUGGAGGGCUGACUAACCCUUAUACACAGCUGGCAGGGCUGGAAUUCAUGUUUGGGAUGGGAUGGCAAUGAGUCUGUAUCUCAAAAAGAUCUUUUAGUAGUUGUGCUUAACAGCAAAACUUCUAUCUACAGCUUAAGCACUUUGUCAUCAGAUGAUAGUAGCGCCCUUUGAGAUACAUUCCAAGACCCUCAGUGGAUACCUGAAACCGAGAGUUGUACCACAUCCUAUGUGCUGUGUUUUUUCCUAUGUUGUAUAUACACUUAUAUGAAUUACCUAAGAGAUAACAAUAAAAUAGAACAAUUUUAUCAGUGUGUGGUAACAAAAUUGGCAGCAUCGCUGCUGUUGUGCUUUAGGGCCAUUAGUAAUUAAAACAAAGAUUGCUUGAAUAUAAGUACAGUGAUACUAUGACAGAUGACCUGAAAACUGAGACAACCAAGUAACCAUUGAGCAAGUAGAGCUUAUAGUUGGUUCUUCUGUAUCCUUGAUUUCAGCCAUCCUUGGUUUUGAAAAUAUUUUGGGAAAAACUGUGUCUCCUAAACAUGAACAGAUUUUCCUCCCCUUGUCACAAGUACCUAUAUGAUACAGUAUAAUUAUUUACAUAGUAUUUAUACUGUGUUAGAUUUUAUAAGGAAUCUAGAAAUGAUUUACAGUAUAUAGGAGGAUGUGGGCAGGUUGUGUAAGGAACUGAGCAUAUGCAGAUUUGGGUACCUAUCGGAGGGGAGUCUUUUCCUUGCCAACACUAGGAGCCACCACAUGGAUAUAUGUGAGGGACAAAGUGAAGAUUCACAUGCUGAGCUCAAUGGCAUGACAGUUCUCAUGCUCAGAACAGGGCAAAGUUUUAAGCUUGAGAAUUGUUGUGUGGAAUUUUCUAUUUAAGUUUUCAGACCCAGCAGACAAUGGGUAACUAGAAUCAUGGAAAGUAGGACUGUGUGUGAAGGAGGCUACAGCAUUCUGCAGAUUGAGAGAGGAGAUGGAAGAUUUAAAUGAUACCCACCCAUGGGAUCAUUUUAUGUAUCCUAUAAUAUUUAUUAUAAAAAGUGGAUCAUGUUUUUCAUAAUUUAAGUUUAUAGAAUUAGUUUUGAUGUGUUCAUAAACCAAGUAUCCUGUGUAAAGGUAUCUAUAUUAAAGCUGAUAGCAUUGAAAAUUGAUAGGAAGAGUGUCUACUUUCAUAAAUUUCAUGCUGUCUUGAUUUGUUUAGGUCCUGGACUUGUGUUUAUUUUAUGGUUUUUAUUAAAAGAAGAACAAGAGCUAGUGUCUAAAAUUAGCUAUAGCAAGACAUUCACCUUGCUUAGUACUAGCUCAUCUUCAUCUGGCCUUACAUAUCCCUGCCUCUCUGAUUUCUAUCGCUGUUGUAGAAAUCAGGCAGUUAAUUUGGGGAGGGGGUGGUUACCAGGAACCAAACUCAUGACCUCGUGCUUGUUAGGCUGUCAUAGAAAUCUUACAUCUUUGGAGGACCAGAGCAGGGCUAUUUGUGGUUACGAUAAAGGGGCACAACUGAUCUGGAUAUACUGCUUGUUUGUUUGCUUGUUUAAUUUUGAAACAGGGUCUCUCUAUGUAGUACAGGCUGGUCUUGAACUCUCUUAUGUACCCCAGACUGGUUAUCUUCCUCCCUCAGCCUCCUAAGUGCUGGGAUUACAGGCGUGCACCAUCUUGCCUGGCACUGCUUACUUUAUCACUGACUUCUCUUACUGCAACAGAUUGGAUAUAACUGUAAAUUGCCUAUCCUUCAUAUAUUUACAUUUUAUGUCACUUGUAAAUUUAUCAGGCAUCUCUGUUCUCAUCCUUGAAUUAAUAUUAGAGCAGUUUUAACUUCUGCAUAAUUCAACUGAUGUUAACGACAUAGAACAUAGAUCAGACAAAUUACUAACUGUGAUAUUCCAAAUAUUUUCUAGUGUGCCUUUAACUUUUGCUGGGCACAAAUGGAGAUUUUUGGCCUUUGACUAUUAUUAAAAAAAGAAAAAAAAAAAGAUUUGUUACUGUUUAGGAAGACAAAUUAAAACACAGCUGGGAAUGUAGUAGUUAGCCCAGUCUCACAGACAUCAGCCUCCCUCUGUUUAUUUCUUCCUGUUUGUAUUCCUAGAAGCAAACAGCUGUGCAUUCAGUUUUAUUUUUCAUUCCUUUACUUAAAAUGUGAAUCUCAAAUGAAGUAAGCUAUGAUCAUUUAGUUUUUUAAGAUUUGGCUUAUCUCUAUUUUGUUGCCCUUUAAAACAUUUAAAGCAAUGAAGUACUGUUACAUUAAAAUUUUUUUUUUGAAGUAGAUAGCCAUGUGGCCAUAAUGUGCAUGCCAUUCAGUAAUAUUUUUUCAAGCACAUCUAUAGUCAUAAUUUUAACCUCAGCAAGUUACUCCAUUAUUAAAUGUUUCACUUAAAAUUCUGCACAAUUCUUAAUUUCAGAGUAUUAAUAUUUUCAAUGAUGAAUAAUGUACCUUCUAAGCUUUACUUUUAAAAUGUCUUUUCUGGACUAAUUAAAUGUUAGUAUUCUCUUAAAGCCAUUUAUGCUGUACAAAUUUGCAUAUGUAUGCAAGUUUUAGUUCAAAUAAAGUCUAGGAUGAAUAAAUGAAGACUAUAAAUUUGAGUAGAUUUUGAGGCACUUUUGUUUCUUUUGAUUUUGUUUUAAAUUUUGUGUAUGUUUGGUUGUUUGGUUAGUUGUUUUGUGGUACUGGGAAUUGAACCCAGAGCCUGUGCACUGUGCACUGAGACUAAGUCUCCCUAAAUUGCCCAGGCUAGAGUUGAACCCGUGAUCCUACUGCUUCAGUCUUAGAGAGAUUACAGGUGUGUGCCACCACACCCAGCCUGAAACACUUCUUAACUGUUAAGUAUAGGCAAGCCUUAAGAGUUUGCUUUGAGGCUUGAGCUUAUUUUUAUGUAUCUUCAGGAGUAUAUGUUCUAACAUAAUGCUUUAUAUGUAAUUGCAGUAGUAAGCUAUUUAUUACAGUAAGCUGACCGAGCCAUUUAGAUGGCAAUCUGCUAUGGUGAAAUUAAGCUGAUUUUAUGGCAGUGCAUAAGUAGCAUCUCUCGUUUACUGAUGGACCUAUACAUAGUUCUCCUUUUAGUUAAUAUGUUGUUACUUAUUUUCACAUUAUUAAACUAGUUUUUCAGUAUAUAUUGUCAUAUUUUGUAAUGCAAUUUUACUUUUCCUGCAUUUAUUAUAAGACAUAGGACUCUGUUCUCUCUCUUUUUUUUUAAGUUCUAGAUUGUUGGAGACUUGACAGUCACCUUGUCUGCAUUCCUGUUUUUGCUAUCAGUCAUCAUUCUCCCCCUUCCCCUCCUCUUCUUCCUCCUCCUCAUCAUCAUUUUAUCUUACAGAAUUUUAUAGUUUGAAUCAUAAAUUACUUUUUUAAAACCAAGAAGUUUAACUUUUGCUGUUAUUUUGCAGCCAUAUAUAAUAACUAACUGAAUUGUUUUUCUUUUUUGAAUAUAAAAGACAUAUAUAUGACUAUUGGAAAAUGUAGGUUUUCUUGUCUCUACUUGGGGAGGUGGAGCCAGGAGGAUGGCAGGUUUGAGCCCAGUCCAUGCAACUUAGCUUGAUCAAGUGUAUCAAAAUAAAAAGUAAAAGGGACUGGGAUUGUGGUUCAUUGGUGGAGCAUUCAGAGUUCAAUCUGAACCAAAGUGUGUGUGUGUGUGUGUGUAGGAUAUCACAUCACAGAAUAUCUAUACUCUUCCACUGUGUGCACAGCCUAUGGACAUGUAUUUUCUUUUUGUUUUGUUUUCCUUAUGAAUGCUUAAAUGCCAAGAGAACGGGGGUUAUUGUGUAUACUGUACAAUCAUAGCUUUGUUCACUUAACAUAUCUGAAGCAUUUUCUAUUAAAUAUUCUUUUAGAUCUUUUCAGCAAUUAUUAGAGAAACUAUAUGUGCUGAUGAGAAAUUGAGGAAGUACAAGGUGGGGUGCUCCUUUUCAGCCCCGUUUUUCUCAACACUGAUAAGUUGCUUAUGUAUAAUGAAACUAAGCAUUACUGGGCUGAUGCAUAGAAAUUUUAGCUCUUCGACUUUAUGGUGAGGUAUUUAAAAUUAAACUGAUUUGGGUAGCACAAAUGCUACAGUCUUAGUGUUUUACUAAGCAGUUUUUUCCUACUCAAGAAUUUUAUGGGCCAAUAAUGAAAUAAAGUCAUUAAUAAUAACAAUAGUAUUUAAUAAGAACAGCUCAGAUUUAUAAAACAGCAGUAAGAUUUUGUUUUUACUUAAAUCAAAGGAUUUAUUACAGAAACAGUAGUCUUUCAUUGAAGUAUCCAGCACAGUUUUUUUUGGUUUUGAUUAAUUUAUUUAAGCUAUUAGAAGCUUCUUUCUCUUUUUAGGAAAAUCCUGAUAUUUUAAGUUAGAAAUGUUCAGACCAUUACCUGAAGAAAGGAGAAUUGUUUGGAAAAAGGGAAUAGAAAAAUUUACAUAUUUUAUGGAAUAUUUUUCUUAAUUUCACUCCAAUUAUUUUGAGAAGAGAGAUGAGAUUUGUCAAAUGUGCUCACCUGUGUUCCCAAGUGUCCAAUUCCAUCCUACCCUGACCCUAGCAUGUUUAACCUAACCUUGGUUUUUCACUGAAAAAACACAUCAAUGAAUGUUUUUCACUGGAAAAACACAUCAAUAAAACUUGCAUUUGAAUUAGCAGAAAUAUGUGUAUCUCUUUCCAAAGGCUGAAAUUUUGUUCCUUUAUUUCUCAGAAAACCUUGUGUGCAAUAAAAGCUGGCAGGUUCCAGAGUUAACCCUCACCACGAAUGGUGGGCAUUCCUCUCUGUGUCCCUGCCCUCGUGUCCACAGUCCCUCUUCUGCAUUCCACCAUGAAGCUCAGCCCGUUGGAUUCCAGUGUGGAGCCAGCCAGGGUCAGGACCACUGUUAUAAAUUCUAGAUGUUAUAGAUUUAACAGGUAGAACCUUGUUUAAAGUAAAAAAAUCAACCCGUGUAGUUUCAAAUGCAGCCAUCACUUUCUAGAAUGUAUUAGCUGUUCUCGCAUUUCUAGUGUUAAUAGAUACUGAUGUGUGGAGAAUAUACCAGUUAACACAUUGCUAGAAGCAAAAGUUUUUGGCAUUGAAAGAAGAGGAUUUACUAUAGCAUAUGUGCUUUUGGAUAUUAAUCAAGAUUAAGUAUAUGAAAGUGCCAAAUUCAAGACAGAACUGAAAAUGUUCAAAGGAAAGAAAUAUAAUUCAAAUUAAAUGUCUCUCUCUAAAACAAAAUUGAGAUUUUUUUUCUAGGGUCAGUGGUAGCUUAUGUUAGGGUUUUCUGGCGCAAUAGAGAAGCAAAAGGAAAGAGAAGGUGGCCUUUAUUGAGGAUGCUGACAGGAGCCCACAACCUGCUAGGGGGGUUGGCUUUUUCCUUUGACCGAUGUAGAGGCAGCAGGGUGUUAUAUGACCUCUGAUCGGAAGUGGUGCGCGGGCAUCAAUGCCAUGCGAGGAACUCUUCAUGCACAUGGGAAAGGCAAUUAUAAUCAAAGCUGAAGGGGAAGAAGAAGAAGAAGGAAGUGGUCAUGAGGAUAAAUGUUUUUGCUUUGGCCUUUUGCCAUGUUAGACAGUCACCGUAGUGUACAGAAAUCUGUCCUAGGGCAAGAACCUUUCAGCUUGUACUCCUAUGAUAUGGAUCUGUAUACACCCAUUUAGAUAGCAAAAGAAAAGUUUUCUAAUAUGAAAUAGGAAUCUUAACUUCUGAAAAAGAAUUGUAGUAUGAUACAAUAACUUGGAAAAGAAGUUCAUGAUUACCUUUGUUGCUUAAGAAAGCAUUUGAUAUGAAUUUAUUGUGAAAUACAAGUGUGCUUUAAUUGGAAAUGGAAUUAUUAUGCUGUGUCUUAUUUUAGUAAGUUGUCUAUAUUACUAAACCUUUCUUUAAGUAUUUUGAGUGAGACAAGCAAAUUGCUAUUCAUCUUUUUAUUUUUACUGGAAAGUUUUCAAAAUAAAUUCCUUUAUUUAACAAAUAUUUCUGAUAUACCAGGUAAGCUUGGAGAUUUUCCCCCAGCCAGCAUUUUGUGGGUGGUUUUAAGAUGAUGAGUGAUUACUUAUUACUGAUUUUUUUUGGAGGGGCACAUGGUGCUGGGACUGAACCUAAGACCUUGCACACAUAAGGCAAGUGUUCCUGCACAAACUCCAUCCUCAGUUACAUUAUUCUUUAUAACAAAUGGGUUGGUAUUUAAUUUUAACUCUUCUGCUAUAUGAACUUUUUGUUGAACAUUUUUGGGGAAAAUGUUUUUUAGUAAGUCAAGUAGAGAAAACAGAUAAAAUAGAUUUUCUUUCCUUAAUCAUGAAAUUGCUGACUGUAAUGUACCCUUUCAGCCCAUUUCUGUGAAGACAAUCAUGUGUUUUUCUUAUAAUGCCUUAAAAUUUAAAGAAACCAAAAUUAAAAGGGAACCUCUGUAUUUACAAUAGUAGUAUAUUCCUUGUCAGAUUAUUUUGUGAAUUCAACUGAAGAACAAAGCAUUUAAACAUUUCCUCUUCAAAGAAUGUGAAUUUUUUCAAACAAAUUUGAAUAGAAAUUUCACUGUAUUACCAAGGUAGUGAAGAAGUAAUACUUGAAAUCGUAGAGGAAGUAGGAAAUUAUAUAGGAAGUAUAGAGGAUAAUUGUUUAAAUUAUGAGUUAGUGAGUAUAGAAAGGUCAACGUUCAUAACUACUUUGGAAAAGCACAGCAGAAUUUUUUACUUUUUAGAAAAGACUGCUAUGUUGAGAUUUAAUUCACACGUGUAGAGAUCUAAUUUUAACAGCAUGUUUUGUUGAAAAGACACCUUUUCCCAGAUGUAUUUUUGGGACGUUUGUUGAAAAUCAGUUGCUUGUAAAUGUGGACCUUUUCACUUUGUUCAAUUGUUCAAAUGUGAUAGAUUAUUUAAAGUAGUUAUAGGAUGCCACUGUACCUUAACUUGGGUUUCAUAUAUUCUUAUUUGAACAUUAAUUGAGAAAUAAAGUUGCAUUAUUUAGAGCUCAUUUUAUUCUAAAUCAGAAGCAAAAAAAAAAAAAUGUAGUUUUUCUUGUGUAAGUCUUGUAAUAUACUUGUCAUCUUGCUGCUUUCGUCUCCCAAGAGGCUGGGAUUACUGACGUGGUUCGCCAUGCCAGGGAGCCCUUGCUCUUUAAGCAAAUGCGAGCGAGACUUCUGUGGCUCUAAGAAACAACUCCUAGGCUUGCAGUGGACUUCUGACAACAUUUGAUUCUCCUGUGUGGAUGUGGAUGGGAGAGCAGUUAUAUAAACAAACAUGAGUAAAUCUGGACUUCCUGUUUAACACUUUUAAAGUCUUGAACCAGUUCCUUGGCCAGCUCUUCUGUCAAGACCCAGUCUGCACCCAUUUUUUGUUUCUGCCAGAGCACCGCUUGUCAGCUCAUUUCUCACAGGAUACAGUCUUCCUACUUCCUUUUGCCUUCUCAAAAGUAGUUUCAUUGCCCACAUGGUAGUUUCUGUGCAUGUGUGAGGAAGAUGGAAAGCAGGCUCUUUCUGCAUUCCACCCUCCUGCCCUACUCCAUCCUCUCCCUACCCUGCCCUUUCCUCCUGGUUUUGCUGUUUUGUGUUAUAUUGGUUGUACAACCAUAGAGAUGAUGGUUCUUUCAGCAUUAAAGAGCUGCUGAUUGUACUACACAGCAGCACCUGACCGUCCUAUACAUUUGGCACUGAUAAGGGGAAGAGAACUUCAGAACAACAAAAUGCAUUGGUUAGUUUAAAGGAAGAAGGUUACAGACACAAGUAUAGUAAGUCCCUGACUUGGGAUCCAGUUCCAUUCCAGGAGACCAUUCAUAAAUUGGAUUCAUUCAUAAGUGAGACAAAGUGAGUAUAUAAACACACAAAUACAUAACGUAAAGCAUAAAAAAAACCAGUCACACGAACAGACAUGUUUCAUGAUAGUGUCCUUGUUCCACAGAGUUGUACCAGUGGUUGAAUGAUAAAUCUUAUAAGAGUGAGCGAGCAGUAUCCACCAUCUUUUCGCCUUGAUCCAAUCUCAAUUAUUUUUGCUUUUGUAUCCAUGAUUAUUGCUUUGUACUUCCUACCAGUCUCCUCAUCACUGCUUUUUCUCUUUCAUCCAUCCUGGGCUCUGAUUGAGCCCUGUAUUACCGUACACUAUUGUAGUGUGCAAAGCACACAGCAACACAGCUGGAACGCUGUCUGGCAGACACAUGAGCUACUUCUGUGAUUUGUUCGCAUCCAUCAGUGUUCGUAAUGCAAGGACUGUUCAUGUCUGUGAAAAUUUGCAACUCAAAUGUUCACAAGUUGAGGACUUACUGUAAUAAUAAGGAUGCUCAUGUUUGAGGGAAGAAAAGAGUUAAAAUAGGGCCUAGGUUUAGGUUUUACUCUUCUCUGCCUUUGUCUUUUGGGUUUCUUGCAUUUGAAGGCAGGCAGCAUAACAAAGGACCUAGGUAUAGCAAACUAAGGUAGACAAAAGAAAAAAGAGAAAAUCUCUUGAGGGACCAUAAUGAGAGGAAAAACUUUUACAGGGUCACUGCCACCCUCUGAAUGGAAGUUCUUACUCCUUUAGGCACACACACAUGUGCACACAUGCAGGUGAUUGCAGAGGAGACCAAUUAUAUUAAACAGACCUGAAGAUAUUUAAACAUUUGUAAUAUUGAAACAAAAUAUUUAAACAAAUUUGUUGUAGUGAUUUUUUUGGACAUUAAAAUCUAGAAGCAAAGCGAACAACUGCAGUGAUUUUUGAGGUGGUGAUGAGUGUAAGUGACACAGCUGUCCCCUUCACCCAGAGGACAUUCUCUGAAAAUGCAGGCUACACUGAGCUCAAGGUAUGUGCUACCAUUUUGCCACAUGAGAGAUUAACAAGUAAUAAUAAAAUAGAACAAUUAUAGCAAUAUACUAUAAGUGAUAUAAAUGUCUCUCAAAAUAUUUUCUUAGAGAUACUUGCAACAUCAGCAUACUAUAUUUUUUCUUAUUAAAUCAAGAACUUUUACCUUUUAAUUAAAGAAGCACUUUCCAGACUUUGGCAUAUCCAUGUGCCAGCAUCACUAUUUUUGCACUUUGGGGCCAUUAGUAAGUAAAAUAAAGGAUUUUUAAACACAGACAUUGUGAUGCUGUGACUGCUGAUCUGUUAACCAGAAACUACUUGGUGACGGUGUCGCCUAGAUACACAAGACAAAGGGACAGUUUGAGAGCAGGGUGGACACAAUGACUUGAGGUUUUAUCAUGCUGCUUAGAACAGCAUACAAUGUAAAAUUAAUGAAUUACUUAUUUCUAUAGAGGUUUUCAUGUACUAUUUUCAAGCUGAGGUUAGCCACAGGUAACUGAAAUCCAAACUGAAAAUAAGGAAAGACUACUGUAUUUCAAGAUAUCUCAGCAACUGUAAUAUGAUAUAAAUGUUUGGAUUCUUUUGGUGAUAAAAAUUUGCUGCUGAUAUAGCAGUGGUUUCUUGCCCACUUUAUAACAGAAAGAAAUGCUAAGUUGCAGCUAGAAAUUAAUAAGGAUGAAGACUAAUUUCUUUCCCACACAAUUUAAUGAAAUUUCUAAAUUCCAUCCCUCAACUCCUUGAUUUUCCCGAUUCCAUAGCUAUUAUUUUGAUAUGUUAUGGUAUACCUUUAUCUUAAAAUGUUUUAUUUCAGUAGACAAUAGAAGGAACUUUUAAAUAACACUGCUUCCCAAAUGAAAUAAAUAAUACAUAUAAGCAUAGAAUAUAGGCAGACUGUCAUACUUACUAAAUUAUUAAGAAAAUCUAGCAUUCAGUCAGAAGUUGUUUUUCAUAUCAAACACUUGUUGGGUGGUUUUUAUGCUCAGCACUAAUUUAAAUACAUUGACAUUAUUUAAUUUUAGAUAUUCUCUUACUCAUGAGUAGAGUUUACCAUGUGCCCUUUAAAAAGACAUGUGAAGUGAUUGACAAAUGAAACCACAAAACAGAUGACAUGAGAAAUUAGCAUUAAAAAAAAAGUAAAGUGCACCUGUGUUCUAUUACAUGGGACAAGUCAUCUUUCUUUUUAAUGAACUUGGCAACUUUACUGAGCAGAGAUAACCUAAUGAAGAUUAAAUUGAUCUGGAGCAAGUCAUUUAAUCUCUCAGCCUCUCGGUUUCCUAAGACUCUCAGGCAGUUAACUAUCCUCGCCAGCACAGAGGUUGUUGUCAGGACUAAUGAGAUAACAAGAGUAAAAUAUAGGUGGUAUAAUUACUAGUGUAGAUGGUAGUGUAAAGUAACUCACAAAAUUCAAAGAGUGGAAGGUAUGGUCACCACAACUCAGUCUAAGUCAGAGUUUUGUGACGGAAUAGGACUCUAGCCUGGCCUAGUGUCCUCAUUUUAUGCCCAGAAAAAAAACUAAUCUUUGGUGCUUGUCAGACACAGUGCUGGUUCUUUUUUUCAUGUGUUGUGUUCAUUUAAUGUUCAGAAUAAUUUGGCCAAAGUAGGUAUUAAGGCACCUCUUGCAUUUUUUUCCCAAGCAGAUAAGAAAUCAGUAUCAUGGCCUGUUAACCCAGAACCAAAAUUUUUGUUCACUUUUUGUUCUUCCUGCUGUAGAACAAGGCUGUUGAAUCUAUUUCAUCUGAGGUUGGAGGUUUUGCAUUUCUUCAGACAUUACUUCUUUGUCCAAGGCUGGUUCGCUGCAGUGUCCUUUGGUACCUGGUAGAAAUCGUGUCUGUGCUUUUUAUUGAGUUCUCAGUGUGGGCAUCCUAUUCCAUCUCCGCUUUUCUUCUGUCCUUGAGAAAAAUAAAAUCACUGUCAUUUGAAGCCAUUACACAUCUCCAGUUUCCAAAGCUCAUGUGGGUCUUCAACUUUAUAAAAUAACCUUUUCCUCCCCCUCCCCUCCCCUCCCCUUCCCUCUCCCCUCCCCUCCUCCCUCCCCUCUCCUCACCCCGCUACCCUCUCCUGUCUUCUCCUCUCCUCUCCUCGCCUCUCCUCACUACUGGGGAUUGAACCCAGUGCCUCGUGCAUGGCCAGGCAAGCACUCUACCACUGAGCUGCAUGCCCAAUCCUUUUUGAAAUUUAUAUUUUAUUGACUGUGUUUUGAGACAGGGUUUCACUGUAUAGCCCCCAGUGGCUUUGAACUCACAAUCCUCCUGAGUGCUGGAAUUAUAGGCCUGUGGCAUCACCCCUGGUAAGAUGUGUUUAGUCUUCAUGAGAUAUCUAGAUGGAUAUCUAGAUAGAUAUUCUUCUCCCUGACUCAUCUUGAGAUCUCAUUUCUGUCUAUAGCUGUGAUUGAAACCUCCCAUGUUUUUAUCUCUAGGGGUCUUCCUUCCUCCACUUCGAAUGUUUUCUAUUUCUUCUUGCACGUGUCACUGUAAAUUGAUCCCAAACUACACAUGGUGUGUUCUCCUUCCCAGCUGGACUCUCAUGUCUCUUUUUUUAUUUUUUCCUCAGAAGCUGCAGCUCAAUUAACCUCUGCCUCCCCUCCCCCAAAGAGAACAAAACAAAAUAGAAUAGCACCAACAGAGACACACCCCUGCUGGUCCCUCAUUGAGAUGUCAGUUUUGGACACAGCUAUUUAGAUUGUGCAGAUGCACUUUAUGUAUUAUAGUCUGGUGCACUUUUAUAUGUUACAGUCUGGAAGUUCCUGCAGAUUUCUUCUCUUAAUGGGAUGGAGAUAGUAGAUGUUUCAUGUCUUCUGAAAAGUACCAUGUGAUGUUUGGUGUUCUUUUUUGUAUCCUGUAAAUGGCUUUCUGAGGGAAAUGCUCUUUUUGUCCUGUCUGUACAUGCAUCAUUGUACCUGGUGAAGAACUGAAGGUCAGCUGGACACAGGCUGUUUUAUUUAGAAACAUUGGUUAUGAAUACUUCACCUCUUUUUCUAGUUUCCUUUUUAUUUAUGUAGUUAAUCUUAGAUCCAAAGAGUCCUAUCUGAAUAGAAAUUUUUUAUAUUAGCAUUCUAGACCCCAUUUGUUCAGCCUUUGGAAGUGUUUGUUUAAUCCAGUUGCAUCCUUAAUCAGUUUCGAAUUAGCAGUGAUGAAAUCUUUGAUAUCCAAUGUUGAAGUCUGAGGUAUACAAAAGAGUUAAACUAGAAACCUGUAAUACCUGUUCAGCCUGUGCUGUAACCAAGACCUGGCAGAUUUCCUGUAGGAUCCAUUUUGAGGAACUUCCAUACUUAGCAGUCUGUAAUAUCUUUUAUUCUGUAAAACAACAUAGUUACAUAGCUAGUGAUUAUGAAGGGGAUUUGCAGAAGGAAAAAUCAAUUAGUAUUGUUGCAAUUCUGUAAUUUAAAUUUGGUUUCAGUUUUUAAGACAUAUGUGUAAAAGCUCGAACAGCUUUCACUUCGGCAGCAAAGAUUUAUUGAAGAGCAAAUCUUGAAGGCAGUGCCUUGGAACCUUAGGGAAUAUAACAUUGAGCAAAAGGCUCCAGCCUACAAGGGGACAUAGCAUGGGCUAAGACGCUUUGGUUCAACAAGCAGCAAGCCCGGGUAAUCUGGUAUAAACCUGACCUUCUGCUCACCAGAAUUCCAGGGAUUAUCAUGUAUUUGGGGCCUGUUGUUUGAGUUGUACCUCUACUGUCCCUUACUUUAAAAGAGGCCUAGAGUAUAUUGCAUUUACCCUUCUCAUUAUAAUUACAUUCACAUUUUAUUUUUACGAAUGACCUAUUUAGUAAUAAAAAUAUGAUUCAGAAAUUACACAUUAUAAGUCCACUUUUUUGCUAUAUAUUGAUAGCAACUAAAAUAAUAAUUAAUUUGGAUAAGGUAGUUCCCCUUUAUUUCGAUAUUAAGAGAAACCACAUGGACCCAGCCUAUGCAAAUCAAGAUCAAGAUUAAGAGAAAUAAUAUUCUGAAAUUAUGGUAAUCAAAGGUUUUAGCUUUGUAAUACUUGCCAGUUAAUACUAAGAUACUUCAGUUAGUUGGUUUGAUUUGGGAAGUGCUUCUGAUGUGUUUUAUUAACUGUAUUUCCUGGUGAUCUAAUAUCUGUUUGCCGUCUAAAAACCUAUUUUUUUAUGAUCUAACUUUUUUGUUUUAUUUGCUUAUACUAAGUAGUGAUGAGUUAAUGAGACUGUCUCAGAUUAAACGAUAAUAAUUUUUAAAAGAUGAUUGCACUUAGUAGAUAACAAAGCUGUUUUGGUAAACAUGACACUUCUUAAUUAAGAAAACAGACUUUGGAAUCAGAAAGAACUGAGUUUAGAAUUCUGGCUUUAACCUUGUGUCUUUGGACAACUUGCUUAACCUUUCUGAACCUCAGCUUCUUCACCUACUGUGUCAAAUGAGAAUAAUAAUAAUAUCUAACUCACAGUAUUGUUAUAGGGGUAACAUAAAGUUCAUAGUACUUGCAACAAUUCAAUAAAUGACAGCUACUUUUGAUUUUUAAGUUCAUUUCUUAAGUUGAAUCAAAGUAGUAAAAGAUAAGACAACUCCCCCACUUUUUCUUUUGAGACAGGGCCUCUCAAAAGAAAGAUAUUUCCUAUGUACUCUAGUCUUGAACUUGAGGUCCUUCUACUUCAGCCCAUCUAGAAUCUGGAAAUACAGGGAACACCAUUUUCUCUGGCCUAAUAUUUUCUCUCUCUUUUUCUCUUUUUUUCCCCCCUUUUCUGUUUUGAAACACAGUGUCUCUAUGUAGUCCGGGUCAGCCCUGAACUUGCUUUGUAUUUGUAGCCCAUGCUGGCCCCAAACCUGUAAUCCUCUUGCCUCAAACCGCCAAGUGCAUUUUAUGACAUGAUUAAAUUUCAGAAAUAUACUUGAAACAUAAUUAGAUAGAAUAGACCCAAAGAUAUUUAAAUAAUAUUUACUUUAAAAACAUGUCUAGGUCUUUGCACUUUUGUAAUUAUUAAUGCAUUUAUUCGUUGAAUUUUGAGGUAGAUACAGUACUAUUUCUUUUAACAUGUUACAUAAGAAAAUAGAGGCAAAAAGAAGGCAGUGACUACCCAAGGUCAUACAUAUAAUACAUGGUAGAGUUGGAGCUGGCUCCAACAUCUUUAUUCUUUAGUUACACCAUACUGUCUCUCUGUUCUCUUUUUUUUUUUUUUUUUUUAAAUAAAUUGUGUGGGCUUUUAAAAUAGUAAUUGUUUUGGUGUGCUAAAAUAUAAAAGAAGAAGUAAAUCCCAAAUUAGAGCAUGAUUGAAAAACGUUUAACCUCAAUUUAACAUAUAUAGUUUAUUUUGCAUAGUAUUAACCUCACUGAGACACAGCAGUUAUGGAACCAGCGUGGUUCCAUAUGACCAUAGAAAUCGCCUGGGCUCCAUUUGCCCAGCUCCUGGUAUUAUGUACCUGAAUGGUGCUGAUAGUGUAGCCCAUUUUCCAUCUUUGGUUUUCUUUAUUUCACUCGAGUAUCAUGAUUUUUGUCUGUGGCUAUCUUUUCCUGAGUGGGAUCUGUAUUCCUACUCAGCUUUCACACAUUAUAGAUGAUCACUCCUCCAUGGGCUGCCGCAUCCUGAAUCUGACCUUUUAUAUAAAACCUUACCUGAUACUGGCCGUGAUCCGGGAACUUUCUUCCCUGGCACCUACGCAAGACCAGAGAGGCUGGCAGCUGAAAUCAUACUUCUCCAGUCUUCCCAGCCUAUAUUAAGUAUCAGCUUUCCGUGUAUGUAGCUAUGAUAACAUAGAUAAUGAUAAACUGACUUUCUUCAAAACCUUGUAUAUUUUACCCCUCCCUUUUCUUCUGAAAGCAGGAGUGACUAUGGUAACAUAAACUUUUACCCCUAAUUUAUGCAGAUAAUGACCUAUGAUUUAUUACUCUUUGUGACUCCUGUCUACUGUAGUCUACCUUACGUUUUGUUUAAAUACAGUUACCAAAUUUAUCAAAUAAGCCACUGGUUUAAAAAUUUCUGUGUGCUACCUUUCUACCAAUACUAAAAGGGAAAAAAAAGUUGCUAAGCAUAUAUUCAUCCAGACACAUAAUAACUACUCCCUGUAGACUUAACACUUCAUUAACAAACUGAUAUAUUCCCACACCCAUGCCCUACCUUCCCUACAUCAUCGCUUACCUAACUGUUGUAUCUGUUUAGAAUGGUUUCUCUUUUUGCAAUCCCUGCUUUCUGUAUAGAUCAAUGAUGAAAGCAAUCUCCAAGGUAACCUUGCAACACCUUCUGGGAGAUAAGAGUAGAGCCAGAGAGUCAAAACGAAUGUCUUUCAAAACAGGUGAACCAAUGCAGCCUACUCAGAAGAUGCAUGAAAGUAGAAUCAGAUGUAAUAGCAUGCCUGAUUUGGGAGCCAGAUAGAAAAAGUCUUGAUUUUAAUAUUGGUAUCAAACUUGCAUAAGAUUGCAGGGUUUCUGAUGCUUUCCUCCCUUCUUUUGGAAAUACCAUUUUGUGCUGAUUCAGUCUUGAUGCUGAAAUAAUUUUGUGUGAUUCUUAACUGUGCUGAUAGUUUUCAGAUUUUGAAGUCCUGUCUGUUCCCUAUUGCUUUGACCUGUGUUACUUCAUUUCACCCAUUCAGACAAACAAAUGAUGGUGGUUCAGCCUCUCAUUUGCACUAGGUGGUGUGCUCUUUAUUGAUGUGACUGUGAGUACACAGACAUGGUCACUGUCUUCAUGAGAUCUUCAUUUUAGUAGGGGAACCAGUUGUUAAACCAGUUGUCACAGAAAGAAUGUAAAGUAAAACAGUGAGGAGGUAAGUGAAGGACAAGGGUACCCUGUCCUAAGACCGAGUUACAGAGAGCUGAUUAAAUUAAGAUCCAGAAGAGGAACACACAUUCCUUAGGCAAAGAAGGAAAGGCAAGGCACUGGAGGCACAGAAGUAUUUGCCAGAACAAUUUGGGAGGGAGCAGCAUGGUCAGUGUGAGGAACCUGAGGAAGAUUGUGUGUCUGGAAUGCACAGACUAACAAGUCAAGGGCAAGCUGAGGCAAGCAAGGGUCGAAGGGUGGGCAUGAUAAUACUUCUGUUUUGAAAACUUCAUCUCGUAUGUGGGAAAAUUAGUUAGGAGAAUGUUGCAAAGUCAUUUCAAUCAAUUUUCAUUCAUAAAGUGGUGCUCAGAUUUCUCCAUAUUUGUGCAUUGUACUUGGGAUUUGCAGAGUGGAGCUUGGCUCUCCCUUUGCCUUGCAAAGAAAGGACCGUCAUGGCUGUUGGGAAGUCCAUGUGAGGGCUCCAUAUGAGGGCUUGAGGCCCCUACUAGCUGUCUGGCUUCUUGGUGUCAGGUGGUUAGCUGUCACACUUAGAGAAUAACCUCAGAUGAAUUGAGGUACAGGUGUCUUCUUGGAGCCUGAUGAUGUCAGUGGCUUCUUAUUUAUCCCUUCCCUUCCUCUUCUAUUACAUAUGAAGUGUGGAGGUGGUGUUAUGGCAGUAGCUGUAGCAGCAGAACAAUGAUAGUAGCAAGUUGUACUUACGUGUCAGACCCAGCCCUGAGUGCUAUACAUACGCAUAUCCUUUUUUUUGUGUGUGUGAUCUAAUAACGAGUUGAAACUUUCAUUUUCCCAACUUACAGAUGAGGAUGAAACCCUGACAGACACAUGAACUUACCAAGCAGGCUUUGAAUUUGAAUAGUUUACGUCUAUCAUCUUGGCUUUUAACCAUUCCUUAAAUGAUAAAAGUCUCUAAGUUACAGAUUAGAGAAGCUGGGAAGAGUCCAAGGUCACACUGUACCCAAGCCAUGGAAGCAGGAUUCCUGUCCAGGCACCAGUUCCCUGAGCAUGUUCUGUGUUUCUAAGUGAAUCACAGGUAUCAGAAGAACAGCUUUAUUUAAGGAGCAUGAGGUUGCAAAUUCUGCAACUAAUUCAUAUGACAGAGUCAACUCAUUUUCCUUUUAGUGUUUUCUAGGCAUUAUUUUGCAUCAUUGAUAUCAUACUUUGUAAUUUUGAAACCAUAAUGUUUCAUUGUAGGGAUAUAUUACAAUUUACUAAAUUCCUUUAAUUUUAGAUAAUAGAAUAGUAUCAUGGAAGCUGUGAAAAGUAUGCAGUGCCUCCCACUAGAAUGACUGCAGUUAAAAAAAGUAGAAAAUAUCAAAUGUUGAUGAAGAUGUAAAGCUUGCUAGAACUCUUACACACUGCUCAUGCAAGGGCAAAUUGACACACUUUGGAAUACUGUUCAGUGAUAAUUGCAAAAACCAAUCAUAGUAAUUUUUCUGUCAGGUAUCCAGCA